AUGAAGCCUCGGACUCCCUCGGUGCUGUUCCGAGGCGGAUAUGGGUUCCAGUAUCCAUGGAAGAGACAAGCUUUGCGACGAUUCGCGAACAAUACAAGCUUCUCAACGCGGAAAAGGGCCUCCAGUCUUUCUACGAGGUGGAACACGGUCUCGACCAGCCAACGGACGCCAUCAACAUGGACGCCAUCCCACACCCAGACACGCUGCAUGGCAUCAGCAUCAUCCCUGCCGCAAGUGCUGAUCAACGACAUGGCCAACCAGGAAGUAAUAGUGGAUUUCAACACGGGCACAGCGGUACGGUACCCAUCAUUCUGGCUCCGUGACCAUUGCCCCUGCGCCGAAUGCCAGCACCCAAGCACGCAUCAGCGUCAACUCGACACCUUCACGAUCGACCCUGAGAUCAAAGUGUCUAGCGUACGCUCUACGCCAUCCGGGCUCGAAGUGUCAUGGCCUGCUACCACAGAUAUCCCAGACACCGGCUCCAGCGCAACACAUACGAGCGUCUAUCCAUGGGAGUGGCUCGAGACGCACCCGCCAUUCAUCCAAGCGAGCAACAAGACCCCCUCGCCAACUCGACAAACCGCUCAGCGGACAUGGGCACACGUCCCGCCGUCCGCAGCACCUGACAAUCUGCCGCGAGUAUCUUACGACGCGAUCAUGAACACUCCCGACACCGACGGCCUCAAGCACUUCCUGCAAAACAUCCACACCUACGGACUCUGCUUCAUGCCCGAAACACCCGCGACUCCUGAAGCGACACAAUCUCUGAUCGAGCGCAUCGCACACAUCCGCGCCACGCACUACGGCGGGUUCUGGGACUUCACGAGCGAAGUGAACCCGAUCGACACGGCAUACACGAACGACCCGCUCCCACCGCACACAGACACGACCUACUUCACGGACCCUGCAGGUCUACAAUUGUUUCAUUUACUCUCACAUACGUCGUCCCGGGACCCCGGAAAGCCAGGCAAGGGCGGCGAAUCGACGUUCGUCGACGGCUUCGCUGCCGCUGCGUACCUGCACAAGCACUUCCCGCAACAUUACCACGCACUGGCGACGUAUCCGAUCACCUCUGCCGCCUUGGGGUCGCCGGCCGGCGCGUUCCUCAACACGAAUGCGUCUCUGCACGGUUAUCCCGUCUUAAAUCAUAGCUCGCCAACGGGGCGAGUCUCGUCCCCGUCUCCCACCAUGCUGGUGCAGAUCCGAUGGAAUAACCUUGACCGAUUUGCUCCGAUGACGCCGAGUUUUCCGAACCAUACCGCCUUGAAGAGCUGGUAUGCUGCGGCGCGAGAGUGGGCUCGUAUCCUAGAGAGCCCUGAGUUCCUGCUCACGGUGAAAUUGCAGCCAGGCGAGCCUGUCAUCUUUGACAACUGGCGGGUGCUGCAUGGACGGUUGGGCUUUGAAGGGAAGAGGAGGGUAUGUGGUGCCUACACUGGCAUGGAUGACUUCCGAGCCAGAUGUCGCAGCCUGGGCAUCGAGGCAUGA